GCCAUUUUGCAAGAAAAAAAAAAUCACGGAUAAUUUCCGUUUGUCUUGACAGAUCUGGAGCCCGAGUCUUCACACUGAUUGUGGAUGCUAUCUCUUUCUCUGAGCGAGCCGCGUUUGGGUUGAUUAGGCAUUGGAAGCUGUGUACAGCAAAGAGCUGCUAAAUGAAGCAAUGGCGGGAGUUGCAGGAGGAAAUGAUUUUCAGUGGUGUUUCUCUCAAGUGAAAGGAGCGAUAGAUGAAGAUGUUGCGGAAGCUGACAUAAUCUCAACAGUUGAAUUCAACUAUUCUGGAGAACUGCUUGCAACUGGAGAUAAAGGAGGCAGAGUAGUGAUAUUUCAACAUGAACAGGAGUCUAAGAAUCGUCCACACCUGCGCGGGGAGUACAACGUCUAUAGCACUUUUCAGAGUCACGAGCCAGAAUUUGACUAUUUGAAAAGUUUAGAAAUCGAGGAAAAAAUAAAUAAAAUAAGAUGGCUACCCCAACAAAAUGCUGCUCACUUUCUACUUUCGACAAAUGAUAAAACUAUCAAAUUGUGGAAGAUAAGUGAAAGAGAUAAACGAGCAGAAGGUUACAACCUGAAAGAUGAAGAUGGACGACUCAGAGACCCCUUUAGAAUCACCUCUUUACGGGUACCAGUACUGAUGCCAAUGGAUCUCAUGGUAGAAGCAAGCCCACGGAGGAUCUUUGCAAAUGCACACACCUAUCACAUUAAUUCCAUUUCUGUAAAUAGUGAUCACGAAACGUACCUCUCCGCAGAUGACCUAAGAAUAAAUCUAUGGCACUUGGAAAUCACAGACAGAAGUUUUAAUAUUGUAGACAUCAAGCCCGCCAACAUGGAGGAACUGACAGAAGUAAUCACAGCUGCUGAGUGCCAUCCACACCAAUGCAAUGUAUUUGUGUACAGCAGUAGCAAAGGCACCAUCCGCCUGUGUGACAUGCGAGCAGCGGCACUCUGCGAUAGGCACUCAAAGUUCUUUGAGGAGCCUGAGGAUCCAAGCAGCCGAUCCUUUUUCUCUGAGAUCAUCUCCUCCAUCUCGGACGUGAAGUUCAGUCACAGCGGACGCUAUAUGAUGACACGUGACUACCUCUCCGUCAAAGUUUGGGACCUCAACAUGGAGAACAGGCCAGUGGAGACGUAUCAGGUCCAUGAAUACCUGCGCAGCAAACUGUGCUCCCUGUAUGAAAAUGACUGCAUCUUUGACAAGUUCGAGUGCUGCUGGAAUGGCAGUGACAGUGCCAUCAUGACCGGCUCCUACAACAACUUCUUCCGAAUGUUUGACCGCAACACCAGGCGGGACAUCACACUGGAGGCAUCCCGGGAGAGCAGCAAACCACGGGCUACCCUCAAACCCCGCAAAGUGUCCACCGGUGGCAAAAGGAAGAAAGAUGAAAUCAGUGUGGACAGCCUAGACUUCAACAAGAAGAUCCUCCACACUGCCUGGCACCCCAAAGAUAACGUGAUAGCUGUGGCAGCCACCAACAACUUGUACAUUUUCCAGGACAAAAUCAACUAGAAGAUUUGGGGCUCCAGAGGAUAGGGCUUUUACCGUACCUGUGUAGUUAAGCCUACUACUUGUCUAUCUGUAUAAGAAGAAACAGCCUCGUUGUCCUCCUGGUGAAGAAUUCGAAAGCACGUGUCUACUUUUUUUGCCACAGGAGGUUGAUCCAUAGGCCUGUUUUAUUUUGAGUCUGAGCUUAGGUUGUUUUUGCCUUUGGCAUCAGGGCAAUCAACAUGCCCCCCUGACCCAGAAAGCCCAAUUUGGGUCUAUUUGACGGUAUGGCACUCCCUAGAGGUCAAACUCUUGAACGUUGGUGUUUGUGUUGACAUUUUAAGCCUUCAUUUCAUGAUUUAACGACAGAACUCUUGGAAGCCCUAAAAAUGACGUCUUGUCAAAGUUGUUAACACCAUUUGAAAGAUUUUGGGCCCUCUGAAGCACGGAUUAAUGGCCAAUAAGCCUAACUGUAACAUUCCCCCAUUGGCCAUGUAUUCAGGCCAAACUACUGGUGGGUGAGGCCAUGAAUUUGGAAAGUGGACUUGUUUCUUUUCUUCCCCUCCCUCCUAUUACUUUAUCCCAGUCAAUACGGUGACAUAAUUUCACUGACUGUAUCUACUCAAGUACACCUUGUCAUCCACAUAAUAAAAGAAACUAAAACUA